UGCCAGUGGUUCUGAAAUCACCUCUGCCAGUUCUUUUAAUACUCUUGGAUGUAGUUCAUCUGGCCCUGGAGACUUGAAUACAUCUAAACUAGCCAAGUAUUCUUGUACUACCUCCUUACUUAUUCUGGGCUGUGUUUCCCCUGCUGAAUCAUCUGCUCCAUAUUCUUCAGGUCGGGCAUUGUUCUGCCCUUUCUCUAUCCCCUGUUCACAUUUCACCAUCUUCUCCUCUAAGUGACCCCACUGUUUCCUUGUUCUUCCUUUUGCUACGGACAUACUGUACCCAUAAAAGCCCUUUUUGUUGCUUUUAACCUCUCUAGCAAGCCUGAGUUCAUUCUGUGCUUUAGCUUUUCUGACUUUGUCUCUACACGUGCUGGCUAUAUGCUUGAAUUCCUCUCUGGUGAUUUCCCCCUUUUCCCAUUUUUUGUACAUAUCCCUUUUAAAUCUUAACUCAGUUAAAAGUUCUUUAGAUAGCCACCCUGGCUUCUUUAGGCACCUUCCAUGUUUCCGUCUCAUUGGUAUUGCCUGAAGUUGUACUUUUAAUAUGUCCCUUUUAACAAACUCCCAACCAUCAUGAACUCCCUUCCCUUGAUUAACCCAAACUGGGGUUUGGAGGAUGGGGAUGUGAUGUUCAUUAAAUCCUAGUCUUUUAUUCAAUAUUUUGCAAACUUUUCUGUAAUGACUGACAAAUAAAUAAAUAUAUUUGUGCCAUUAUUCAUUAAUCACUUAUCAAAACUGGUCCUCUUAUAGGCUUGGUUCAUCUAUCCAGUUAACCCUUAAGCCUGUUGUUUAUAAUUUAGAAUAAUUUUAGAUCUGGAACGUACUCUGCCCAAUCCUCAGUUUUGGGGCACUGGGGUCUUCAGCUUUGCUCAGUAUUCCCAGCUCCUGGUCUGAUACUUUAGCCACUAGAGUACUUCUGCUAUGGGGCAGCUCUAUAAAUUAUGUAGGUAAAUAAAUAAAUAAGGGGAAAUCAAAAUUCACCUAGAGAAGGAUCUGAAAUAUCUUUUUUGAUCCUUGAAUUUGCUUGAAUUUGGAUUCUUUUAUUUGAUGUUUAAUGUGUUGUAAACCAAUUUGAGACUUUUCUUUGAAAUAUAAAAUGGCAUAGAAAAAAUAAAAUAAAAUAAAAAAAUACUUAGGAGUUUCUAACACUGCUCCAAGAAUCACUUUGAUGAAAUAUGGUGCUGAUAAGCUCCAAAAUUAAAUGUGUAGGGAAGGGGAGCCAGGAAGGAAAGAGGUGAAAUUCUGCAUUUGACUUGAAAUCUGGCUCCAUAAAAAAUGGAUUUUAAAAUGCAUUGAAAUCUAUAUAUACUUCCUUCUAGUGGUGCAGCAAUACAACCACAAGCACAUUUGCAAAGCUAAGCACUGUACAGUAUGUUUUCAAAUUGGAUGGAAGAACCAUGUGUUGAGAUUAUUGCAUUGCAGGGAGUUGGACUAGAUGACCCUUGGAGUCCAUUCCAGCUCUACAUUUCUAUGAUUCAGUAUUUUGACACCUGUCACUUGAACAGCAAGUGAUAAACACAAAACAGGUUCGGGGUUCCGUUCACAAAUUUAACCAAAGACUAUGUCUAUACAUUUUUUCUUUUUUUGCCUGUUUAAAAACUACUUCUGUAUUUAGGUAAGCUGAUUUAGUUUUAUUUUGACACAUUGAUAUUAAGGUUAGAAUAUCUUUGCUCUUCAAAUGCUUCAUACACUGAUCAAAAGAAAUGUGUGAGAGCUGUUGCUGAAAGCAUUAUUGCAUGCACUUACCUAGAAAACAGAACAGAUCUUGUUAGAUUAAAAAAAAACACCACCACCUCAAGCAUCCAAAAUAUUUGCUCUUCUGCCUUCUAAUCUUGUACUGAGCAAGUGUUACCCACACCUUUUUAAAGCUCAUAAUAAAGUUUCAUUGUAGUACUUCUUGCUUGAUUGAAAGAGAUUCCAUUGGUAAUCCUCAUUGUUUUCUUUGUGGCAAAUUUGCUAGACAUCUAGAAUGAAACUAUUAAGAACAAAUUGAUUUUGGUAGUUCAUUCUUCACAAAAAGACUUAGCAAUCAAAUUUGUGCUUAUUUGUGCUACUAAAUGAAGUCAAUAUUAGCACCCCAGGCAUGAUCUUCCUUUUCCAGAUUGAUAGCUAAUUAGAAUGUUUGUUCAAAAUAACUUCUGCUUGCUUAGUUCUAUGUUUUGUGUAUGUUGAUAUAAGAAAAAUACAGGCCUCUCUGGGAUCCGAUCUUACAUUUCUCUGUGUUACUAUAAAUAUUUCUGCACUACUCCAGUUGUGCUUAUCUGAGUCCUUGAAUUGGUUUGCUCAAGAUGCAUUUUACUAUGGUGCAUACUGCUGAUAGCUUGAUGUUUUGAAGAAGAUUGUGCAAUAAAAAUCCAACCUAUCAUUUUGUACGAGUUUAUAAGGAAAUGCCAGGGAUGACUUUGGGAAUAUUGCCUCAUUGGGUAGUAAGCAUUUUGUUUAUGCCUGGAUUAUUAUUUAAAUUACCUUAAUGUUUAUAUCUUUUUCAAAACUGCUACUUUUUAAAAGUGUGACUUGUUCCUCUGCCUAAAACAAUACAGGUGGAAACAAACAUUCCUAUUCAAGAGAUUGUGAUCUGAGUAAAGGAAAUACUGGAAGAAGAGGGGAAACUACUAUCAGAGAUUUCUUCAACUCCUUUGGUCUAGAAUAAGAAAGUCUUUAAUGAGCACUGGACUGGUUCCCAUGCAAUACUAAACAAUGGUUUAGCUCUAUGUAGACAAGUCUCGGCAAUCUCAAGUGAAAUGUUGAACUGAGUUUCUGCCAAGUUUACAUAAUUGUGAAUAAGUGACUUUAGUGUCACUUGUGAACCAGGAGUCCUGAUUAAAACAAGCAGUGGUUAGUUGCUAAACAAGCUAAUUUGUUUGAAGGUGGUUUGUUUUGCAAGUAACCAUGAUUUGUUUGAAACUAGGAUCCCUUGUUUGCAUGUAAUGCUACGCCCAUAUUCUUAUGAAGAAGUUAAAUACAUAUUCAUUAAAGAUUGACAAGAGGGAAUGGUUGCUACUUUGAAUCCAAGAACCGAGGGAUUCUUGGAAGUCAUUGAAGUCUGUUCAUGUGUGCUCACCCACCUGUUCACCCAUAUGUAUUAUUAUAGAGACUUUUAUAUGCAUAUCUCAUAUGCUGUUGGUAGCUUACUCAUUAACACAGGGUACCACAUAUUUCUAAGUGAAAUUGCGCAAAUUUUGUCUGACCUUGGUUGCCAAGCAAAAACAUGUGGCUGCCAAGAGCACUCCACUCUUCCCCAGAUUUGGUGCUCUGUAUGACAGCGGCUCUAGACUCCACUCCUGUUCUAAGUUGGGACUAAGUUGGGAGCAGGAAAGGGCAAUUGAUGAGGACUGUUCCUGCAGGUACCCUCUCCAUCUUCAAAGUAGGAAUGGGAGAGAAAUGGUCCAUUGAGAAUAUUGUAGGGUUCCAUUUGGAGAGAUAUGCUUCUGCUGCUUGUUUUCUCAUUCCCGCCCCUCAUCAAAACAAUCUCUCUUAGGAGAAGGAUGGAAAGAUAAUCAGGAUCUAACUGUGCUAUGUUCUUUUGGGGGAUUGGAAUAGAUUUAGCUCCCUGUUUUCCUGCAUGCUAUGUGCUCCAUCGCUCUCUUUCACUCUGGCAGGGGGUGAAGGAGGGAGAUGAAGUUUGUGCUCAGUCUCCAUAGCAAUGCUAUGGAUGCUGUCUGUGGGCUGAUGUUCUUUUGCCCUCCAAGAUUCAAUGGCAGCUGCUCCUCCUGGCAAUUCACUGUGGGAGUUGGGAGGGAAGCAUGCAAAGUAUGUGUAGUAGCUCAGAAUAUGGAGGGAAGGAGUAUGAAGACAGGUGAAACUUACGUUAGUGAACUAGAGGGUGUGCAACCUCCCAUCUCUUUAUUUAACAAGGAUGUUAAAAUUGUUAUUUUGUGAAAUAUAUUAUUGCACCUACCCAGCAGGCAUAUUUUUUUUAUUGGUAUGUUCUUUUGCAAAUAUUUUUCCCCUUUCUCAUUAUAGUGAAGCAGCAUCUUUAUUAUCUUUUGUCUUCUCUAAUAAGAUGUUAUACAUAUUUGAGAAAAGAUUUUACAAGAAUCAAAUUUCUGACUACUUAGAUUACCGGUAAUCAAGUUUUAUGUCAUAUUCUUUGCACUUUUAUUCCUUGUAUUUCCCAUUAUCACAUCCUUAAUUUGUAAAUACUGUACCGUAAUGUUACCUUCGUUCUUCUCUUGCUAAUUUGGCUCUUUUGAAGCUUCUAGUUUCAACAACAAAAGUAGAUCGAUAAUUGGAAUGUUCAGUUUCAGAUGAUGGUAUACCAACUGUUAGCAAUGGGUGAUAUUCAGUUAUGGCAGUUCACUCAUUUCAGCAAUAAUUCUGCUGGCAGGAGCCUUGGUUUUAGUGUAGUGCAACUGCCAAAUCCAGAGGGUAUAUUGCGCUUGCAAAUAUGUUGAACUAGUGCAACUACUGCUGCUAUUAGAGUAUUAACAACUGUUACAAAGUACUCUUAUUAAGCUUGUGUGCUACCACUUACACAACAUCAUCUCUUAAACUUAUUGUGCUAAAGUUUCAUUGGCUCUCACUUACUGAUUGGAGAAGCUUAGACAUCUAAUAAAGUACAGUCAUACCUCGGUUUAAGUACGCCUCAGUUUGAGUAUUUUCAGUUUAAGUACUCCGCGGACCUGUCUGGAAUGGAUUAAUCCACUUUCCAUUACUUUCAAUGGGAAAGUCUGCUUCAGGUUAAGUACGCUUCAAGUUAAGUAUGGACUUCCGGAACCAAUUACACUCAUACCUUGGGUUAAGUACGCUUCAGGUUGAGUACUCCACAGACCCAUCUGGAACAGAUUAAUCCACUUUCCAUUACUUUCAAUGGGAAAGUUCGCUUCAGGUUAAGUACGCUUCAGUUUAAGUACUCCACGGACUGUCUGGAACGAAUUAAUCCACUUUCCAUUACUUUCAAUGGGAAAGUUUGCUUCAGGUUAAGUACAGACUUCCGGAACCAAUUGUGUUUGUAAACCAAGGUACCACUGUACAAUCAAAGUCCAUUUCCCAGACCUAGUGGGAAGGGUUCAGAAAGAGUUCAGUGAGAGCUGCUUAUCUUGUUUGAUAUAAUAGGGAUGGAUCUGUUUUAUAUUGGAUUUGUUUUUUUGUUUGAAAUUAUAGUAAAACAGUGAAAUCUGGUUUCACUGGCUUUAAACAGAAACAUAUUCAGUAGCCAUGGCAAUACUUAAGUGCAGUGUUGAAACAACAUAAAUAAAAAUCUUAGUUGGUUUGCUGUUUUUCCAUGGCCUGCCAGCUAUCCGUAAGUCACUUAAGCUGUGACGAAUAGUAAAAUUCCAAAGUGCAGUGUUAGAGUGUUGUCUUUUCUUAUUGUAUUGGGAAACAGCAUAUUAUUCUGGGGUACAGACCAGUGCACAGAACAAACUAAGGAUGCUAGAUAGUACCAGACUAAAGUGGACGCGGGUGGCACUGUUGAACCACAGAGCCUAUGGCUUGCCGAUCGGAAGGUUGGCGGUUCGAAUCCCCGCAACAGGGUGAGCUCCCGUUGCUCGGUCCCUGCUCCUGCCAACCUAGCAGUUCGAAAGCACGAAGUACAAGUACAUAAAUAGAUACCUCUCUGGCGGGAAUGUAAACGGUGUUUCCGUGCACUGCUCUGGUUUGCCAGACGUGGCUUAGUCAUACUGGCCACAUGACCCAGAAGCUGUACGCUGGCUCCAUCAGCCAAUAAAGCGAGAUGAGCACCGCAACCCCAGAGUCAUCCGCGACUGGACCUAAUGGUCAGGGGUUCCUUUACCUAAAGUGGAUUAUAUUUACGAAUGCUAACAUGAACUUCAGAUGCAAAAUUUAUGGUUGAAAGAAUAUUCUGCUAAGAUUUGAGGGUCAAAUGGUGAUCCAGUUCAGUGUUAUUCUCGUCUAUCAAAGAAUAGUAUUGAAGUCUGGGUACAUGUUACAGCCAAAUGUUGCAAAUAGCCUCUUGCACACAUGGUCCAAUUAAUUCUAGGGGAAUAGUGAGAUCAUGAGAGAGGAGAAAAUCAAUACUUCAUGGUGGUUCUGAUUUGCUUAUUGCAGUUAGUGAUUUUUUAAAGAUUUGAUUUACAGCCCUGUGUUGCUUUGAAAGUAGGCCAUCACACACAGAGAUGCCUAGCAUCAGACUGUUUUUUCAAAGUGGAUACAGAGCAUGCUCAUAUUGAAUAUUUACUCUGAGAUUGCAGCCUCUCAGAGCUCCGUCAGUGAAACAGUCAUCGAAGUGAGAAGGAAAAGAGCACAGCAUGUCCUUUUGUCACUGUUAUGUUCGCGAGUACAUGAUUUAUUAGUAGAGCUGAAGACUUAAGUUGGAGAUAAGCCUGAAUUUGGUGAGGGCACAAUUUCAACAACAAGCUGUUCUAGUCACAAUGAACGAAAAGUGACUUGCAAGCAUCCAGUCACAGGGCAGCCAUCGCAGGACAACUGCAUUUUUGUUGUGAAUGAACAGACUGCAGCAACUAUGUCAUCUGAAGAAAAGAAAGACCGGCAAGUAAACAUGAUAAGUGAAGCUGCACACUAUAAUUUGACAUCAGAUUAUGCUGCACAUCCAAUGAGUCCUCUGGGCAGAACAUCACGCUCUUCAAAGAAAGUUCAUAAUUUUGGAAAGAGGUCAAAUUCAAUAAAAAGGAAUCCCAAUGCACCUGUUGUUCGACGAGGAUGGCUUUAUAAGCAGGAUAGCACUGGCAUGAAGCUAUGGAAGAAGCGAUGGUUUGUUCUGUCCGAUCUGUGCCUCUUUUAUUAUCGGGAUGAAAAAGAAGAGGGAAUAUUGGGGAGCAUACUUCUUCCCAGCUUUCAGAUAUCUAUGCUUUCUUCUGAAGAUCACAUCAAUCGCAAAUAUGCUUUUAAGGCAGCUCAUCCAAACAUGAGGACCUAUUAUUUCUGCACAGAUACAGGGAAGGAAAUGGAGUUAUGGAUGAAAGCCAUGAUAGAUGCAGCUCUUGUACAGACAGAGCCUGUGAAAAGAGCAGACAAGAUGACUGCUGAAAACACACCACCUCGUGAAGUGAAUAAUAUUGCAAACCACAGAGUGCUAAUUAAGCCAGAGGCACAGAAUAAUCAGCGGAACAAAGAAGUGAGCAAAAUGGAAGACAAAAAGGCCUUAGAAGCAGAAAAAUACGGAUUUCAAAAAGUUGGGCGUGAUAGACCUUUAACAAAAAUCAACAGCGUAAAACUGAAUCCUUUGGGGUCAGAGUAUGGGACUUUGCCAGCAAACACAGUUCCACCAGGACACUACAGGCCAAUUCAUUUAAAUGGGUCAGAGAAAGCUGUCAACCUUAUUCUAGGAGACUCUGGAGAUGGACUCCAUCACAACACCAUUCACUCACACAUAGAAUCUGAACGUGUUAUACAGAGAACUAAUUCAAUGCUUCAGCUGGAACAAUGGAUUAAAAUACAGAGAGGAAAGGGGCAAGAUGAAGAAACAAGAGGCAUAAUUUCAUAUCAGACAUUGCCAAGAAACAUGCCAAGCCAUCGACCCCAAAUUGUACCUCGAUAUCCAGAAGGUUAUCGAACUCUACCAAGAAAUACCAAAACCAGGCCAGACAGCCUCUGCAGUGUGACACCCUCUAUUUAUGACAAGUCCCUUGGAUCACUGCCAACUGAAGACAAAAGAAGAUCUAUGCGAGAUGACACCAUGUGGCAACUCUACGAGUGGCAACAGCGGCAGUUUUACAAUAAGCAAACAACACUUACUAGACAUGGUACUUUAAGUAGUCCCAAAACCAUGAUUAAUAUAUCUGAUCAAACAAUGCAUUUGAUUCCCACAUCACCUUCCCAUGGUUCGAUAGCAGGUUUCCAAGGAUACUCACCUCAGAGGAACUACAGAUCAGAAGUGUCCUCACCAGUGCAAAGAGGUGAUGUAACAAUUGACCGCAGGCAUAGGCCACAUCAUACGAAGCAGCAUGUCUUUGUGCCUGACAGAAGGUCGAUGCCAGCAGGUCUGAGUGUACAGCCUAUUACUCCCCAGAGCUUGCAAGGCAAAACGCCAGAGGAGCUCACGCUGCUGCUUAUAAAGCUGAGAAGGCAGCAAGCCGAACUGAGUAGUAUCCGGGAACACACAUUAGCACAACUCAUGCAACUAAAACUUGAGGCCAGCAGCCCAAAGAAUGAGAUUCUUUCUCAUCACCUUCAAAGGAAUGCCAUAUAUUUGGAUCAUCAGCUGACACAAGAUGAAUGUAGGGGAACUCUGUACAAAUACAGAUCAGAAGACCUAGAUAUUGAUACUAAGCUUAGCCGAUUAUGCGAGCAAGACAAAGUGGUUCAAGCCCUGGAAGAAAAGCUUCAGCAGCUGCACAAGGAAAAAUAUACGCUUGAGCAAGCUCUGCUAUCAGCCAGUCAGGAGAUAGAAAUGAAUGCGGAAAAUCCAGCCGCCAUACAAAAUGUCAUCUUGCAGAGGGAUGAUUUACAGAAUGGACUCCUUAGCACUUGUCGAGAAGUGUCUCGAGCUACCGCAGAGCUUGAGAGAGCUUGGCGGGAAUAUGACAAACUAGAGUACGAUGUAACGGUCACAAAGAACCACAUGCAGGAGCAGCUGGAGCGGCUGGGAGAAGUUCAGACUGAGUCAGCCGGUAUACAACGUGCUCAAAUUCAGAAGGAGCUUUGGCGAAUUCAGGAUGUCAUGGAAGGUUUGAGUAAACAUAAACAGCAAAGAAACAGCACUGCAGAGGCAGAUAUCGUUGCAUUAAAGGCUUUUUCAUCUAAAUAUAAAAAUGAGGGUCCAGAUUACCGUCUUUAUAAAAGUGAGCCUGAGCUAACAACUGUGGCAGAAGUUGAUGAAUCAAAUGGGGAAGAAAAGGCAGACCCAGUUUCUGAGUCGGAAAUGUCUGCAGCUAAAGGCUCUCAUUUUCCCAUUGGAGUUGUGCCUCCGAGAACAAAGUCACCAACACCUGAAUCUUCAACAAUAGCUUCCUAUGUGACUUUAAGGAAAACUAAGAAGAUAGAUCUAAGAACGGAAAGGCCAAGAAGUGCAGUAGAACAGCUAUGCUUGGCAGAAAGUGCUCGUCCCCGGAUGACAGUGGAAGAGCAGAUGGAAAGAAUAAAGAGACAUCAGCAGGCCUGCCUAAAAGAGAAGAAGAAAGGACUGAAUAUUAUUGGUGUCUCAGAUCUAUCCCCAUCACAAAGCCCAUCCCUUGCCAGAGAGAAUCCUUUUAAGUUGUCUCAGAACCAAAGGAAGGAUGAUUUUGUAUGCAUUACCAAGGAAUUAGAGUAUGCCAUUAGAGGAAGUGAUGCAGACCAGAGCCAUCAAAAUUGUGCAGAAGACUUACCUUGGAUUAAAGAUAAUGAUCGUCCAGAGGAUAAGAAUAAUGAUCAUCCAAAUGAACAUCAUGCUGGUUUUAUUACACAGUUAUCAAAAAAUGAAAGUCAGCUGUCACCAGAUGUCUUAGAGCCAAAGGAGGGGACUCCCUAUGAGGCUUCUGAAAAGCUAAAAAAAGUAGAAGAGAAACAAGAUGCUGACUUCAGCCUGAAGAACGAGGCCCCAGUUGCAAACCACAAACCUGAAAGUAGCACAGAAGAGAGUGAAGAAACCAGCAUUCAUGAGCAGGAGGAUACUAUUUCUUCGUUUGAGAUGCCAGCACAGACUUCAAGAGGAAACUCAACAGCAGCAGCUCUUCCAGCUUCUGCUGAAACGAUUCAUGGCUAACAAAACGGACCUACGGAAAGAAGAUACUGUACAGUCAAUUUUAUUAAAUCUAUGAAAUUCAUAGUUCGGAUGCUUUUGGCCACAGAGCAUCAUUUUUAUCACUUCAUGGAAAAUGUUUAUUCCAAGAGAGCUUUAAAUGCCUCCCAUGGUACCCUCAACAGUUUGGAGAUUGUUCUUCUGACACCAGCCUGCUGCUACUAUGACUUCCAUCCACAUAAUUAAGGGUUCUUUUUCAAAUGUGCGGCCUACAAUCGGAACCUUCGCAAGUGGUUUUUCCCUGGUGUAAGGUUUUUUUU